AUCGAUCAAGGACGGCCGCCAUUACUCGAGUCAGUCACAAAAUCUAAUGAUGGACCCCCAUAGCAGUGCCCAGGAUGUGAUACGAUGUGACCUGUGUGAGACUGCUGUGGUACAGAUGCACUGUGAUACGUGUCUUGUCAACCUGUGUAAGGCCUGUGUGGGAGAACACAUCUCAACAGAUGAAUCCAAGGAUCACAAAGUUGUUAAGUUUAAGGCCAGGAAAUCCACUCCCCUCUACCCUGGUUGUAAAUUCCAUGAUCAAGAACAAUGUAAAAUGUACUGUAAUCAAUGUGACAUUCCUGUCUGCCAUAAGUGCAUUGCAUCUGAUCAACAUCUAGGUCAUAAGGUAUCAGAAAUCUUAAAAGUUGUGGAUGAAAGAAAGAAUAAAUUCAUGAAAGAACAAUCUGAAUUAAAUGAGACAAUUUAUCCCAUCUAUCAAGACAUUGCCUCUGAUGUACAAAACAGAAUGAGUAAGUUAGAAAAGGAAUAUGGGGAUCUAUCAACAGCCAUAACGAAACAUGGAGAGGACUUGCACAGAGAAAUUGACAAACUUGUCAAGAAACUUAAAGCUGAAGUUGAUGAGAUGAAAAACACACAGUUACAAACUCUACAGAAACAUUUGGAUGAAAUAAACAAGAACAUUUCUGAUAUCAAGAAUGAAAUUGAUUCGAUGGAAAUUGCUAAAGACACCAAUGACUUGUCAAAACUGUUUAGUGUAACAUUAAAAGUACACACAUACAGAAAUCUUCCAAACAAAAUUAUACCAUCUUUACCUAAAUUUAUUCCAGGAAAGAUACAUGGAGAUGAACUUGGUAAAAUGUUUGGAGCAUUAUCCUCAAGUUCUUUAACAUCUGAUAAACAUGGCUACAGCAUGAAGACAACACAGAAAUCACCAGAAGCUGGAUCCUCUCCUCCAGUCAAACAGCUGCUUGAUGAACCAGAGACUGUCACCACCAUAGACACUGGGUAUGAUACACUUUACAAUAUGGCCUGUCUGAGUGAUGAAGAAAUCUGGACAAGUAGAAAUGACAGCACAGUGAAACUCUACAGCAUCAAUCAGGGAUCACUACUCAAGUCAAUCACAACCAAGUCAGGGAAAAACCCAUCUAGCAUAGCAGUGACAAAAGGUGGAGAUCUGGUUUAUACUGAUUAUCAUGAUAGAACUGUGAACAUUGUGAAGAAUGAGAAGAUAGAGGAGGUGAUCAGACUACAGAACUGGAGACCUAGAGGUGUCUGUAGUACCUCCUCUGGUGACCUCCUGGUUAUCAUGGAAAGUGAUGAUAACAAACAAACAAAACUUGUCCGUUACUCUGGCUUCACAGAAAAACAAACCAUUCAGUUUGAUGAUAAAGGUAAACCUCUCUAUUUAUCUGCUACUUAUUUUAGCAGAUUCUUUACAGAGAACAGGAACCAGGAUAUCUGUGUGUCUGAUGAGAGAACUAAAGCAAUAGUGGUGGUCAAUCAGGCCGGGAAACUGAGAUUCAGGUACACUGGACAUACUCCUGCUCCAAGGAAUAAACCAUUUGACCCACGAGGAAUCACCACAGACAGUCAGAGUCACAUCCUUAUAGUUGAUUAUAAUAAUGACUGUGUCCAUAUCAUAGACCAGGAUGGACAGUUCCUCCGUUACAUAGAAUGUGGACUGAGUGAUCCCUGGGGACUGUGUACAGAUACAAAUGACAAUCUGUUUGUUACUCAGUUGGGAAACAGUCAAGUGAAGAAAAUCAAAUAUCUGCAAUGAAAUGCAUUACUGAAUUGUGCUCUAUAUAAUUAAAUAAAGACAUAUGUAUGUAUCAGUAUGCUGAACCAAAGAAUCUUACAAUAAUAAAUAUUUCAGUUUCGUUAUCAAUGUGUAUCUUUA